GCAGCUUUCUGGUUUCCGAAAAAACAGCUCUUGCAAAUCAAUUCCAUCGAUAUUCAGUCGAAUUGCCAUCAUAAUGUUCCGAUUCCGUAAAACCCUCGAUAUCGUCACGGUCUUCCACAAGGCCAGCUCUCCCGCCUCGGUCAGAGUUGCCAACUUGGCUAAGCAAAUCUCUGCUGGUGCCCAGGUCACUGCCACUCAAGACCCCGAUGUCAAGCACAAGGUCAACCGGGACCCCUUCGAGCUCAACAUCACCGAGGACGCUCCUACAGCCGACCAGGUUCAGACCAUCAUUGAGUACCUUGGCAAGGGCGGCGCCGGCAAGGUUGUUCAGGGUGCCAAAGAUGAUAAGGAUGCUUUGAAGAAGUUCCGCGAGAACAAGGACAGCUUCUUGCGCCCCGUGACCGUUGACUGGAACAGCGGCAAGGCUGUCGUUGGCGAUAACGAGUCUGAGAUCUUGAAGCUUCUUGCUGAGCAGCAGGAGCAGCAGUAAAUUAACGAUAUUCCCGCGAAUCGGCUGCGCCGUGUUUGCACCCAACUACAUGUACAAUAUAGAACAAAAUACAAUUGAUAUCCUGAAGCAACAAAUGGAAGCGGAUUGUUCUCUUAGUGGUGAAACUUUGCAGGUCAAAAGAAGUAAUGGUGAAAUAGCUCCAUGUACGCUAUUUGCGGUAGCGAUGACGGAGUAUCCCAAACGCGCGUUUGAGGUGACAGGGCAGCGCAUUGACCGGAUACAAACAAAAUCGUGUCACACUAAAAGAAUUACGCGAUGCAUAACUAGUAGCUUUCUUUGACGUACACAAGUAGUCGCAGUCUUUGUUUGGCCUAAGCGCCCCAUCUCACCUCACAUUCACUUCACUUUGGUGCCAAGUUAAAGCACUCCAACAUGGCGCAUAUAUAUUUAUUAUCA